CUAAAAUGGGUGGAAUGAUGUCUUGCCUCAGGCAAACUCCUGAUACAAAGGAGGAAAAAGAAGUUCAUAAGCACAAAAUGACAGAUGAAGAUAAAGCUGUUCUCAACCUAAAGAAGACAAACAGAGUCUUAGGCAAGCAAAUUCAAGAACUUGAAAACCAAACUGAACAAUUUUGGAACAAAGCUAAGGAAGAGAAAAGAGCUAAAAAUGACAACAAAGCUGUCUCUCUUAUGAAGAGAAGAAAACUUUACAUGAAAUAUCUUGAUGCAGCAAGAGGAAAGCAACAAAUGAUAGAAGAAACAUUGCAGAACAUCAAGAGUGCUAAAAUUGAUGUUGGAGUUAAAGAAGCUCUCGAAGCUGGCCAAGAAGUAAUCGACGACCUUAGCAAUAAAGCAUCAAUAGAAGACUUUGAAAAUAUUCUUGAAAGACAAAAAGAAACUAUAGAGCAACAGGAAGAACUUCAACAAUUACUUGAUGAAGCUGGAAUUGACGAUGAUGAAGUUAUGGAUGAUAUUAACGAACUUGAAGCAGAACUCUUUGGAAAAGAAAUGGAUAAAGUUAAAGUUCCAAAGGAUCGCAUAGAAGCAGAUGAGGAGGAAGAAGAUGUGAGACACAAGGAGAAAUCAAAAAAAGACAAACAAGUGCUUGCAUAAAUAAAAACUUGGAUUAUUUUAAGUGUAGCAGUUGC